CUCCCAACCUGAAGGGCCGGCCUCGGAAAAAGAAGCUGUCGGUCUCGCAACGCUGCGACUCCCAGAAUACACCAGCAGGCAAGGAGACGUGCAACACAGAGGGCAAGGCCCCUGCCAAGGUGAAGCCUGAGUCCAAGGCAGUGCUGUCCAGGUGGCCUAAAGGAAUCAGUAGAGGCAGCAGCUGCUGUAAGAGGGUCUCCUCUAAAGGAGGAACAGGGGGAGGAGGUGAGGAGUGUCCUCCUGAUGAACAGGCCUUCCUAGUAGCUCUGUAUAAAUACAUGAAGGAGAGGAGGACGCCCAUAGAGAGGAUCCCCUACCUGGGCUUCAAACAGAUAAACCUUUGGAACAUGUUUCAAGCAGCAGAGACCCUUGGAGGAUAUGAUCUGAUCACAUUGCGCCGACAGUGGAAACAUGUUUAUGACGAGUUAGGAGGAAACCCAGGAAGCACCAGCGCUGCAACCUGCACCAGACGACACUAUGAAAGGCUUAUCCUGCCUUAUGAGAGGUUCACUAAAGGAGAGGAAGAUAAGCCCCUCCCCCUCCCCAAACCCCGUAAAGACCUCACCACCCAGCAGGAGGUCCCCAAGACCAAGGUUCCCACGGUGACGCAGUGCCCCAAAGAGGAGCAACACCCAAAAAAAACCCAACCCCCCAGGACUGAACAGGACCCCUGUGCUAAAGGCCUGGAACUCUCACCAGUUUUAUCACCCAAAGACAUCGUAAAUCUCCAGUCAGUGUAA